CUAAUUGUUUACAAUCUGUUCGACGAAACAUGGCUGCUGUCAAGUGAGCUGUUGAUGGUGUUCCGAACAGUUACAAUUCACUUAUAUGUUCUCUUUAAUAAUUUAUUUUAAAUAUUUUAAUUCAUAACAGUGUAUUUUAACGGGGAUAGUUUCAAUAGUUUUCGUUUUACUUUGGAACCGUCACAGAUUCCUUCACCCGCGAUAACGCGCCAGUUAGCAUCACUAGCUAACUAGCUCAAGGAGAACAAUGACGGCAAGCUCAUCGGGUGGAAACACCUGUCUCACUGCUAAAGGUUUGGACAUUAGUCUCGCAGCCCUGCAAAGACAAGAUCCUUACAUCAACAACAUUGUAGAUGUGGCGAGUCAAGUGGCGUUGUAUACUUUCAACAACCGAUCAAAUGAAUGGGAGAAGACUGACGUGGAGGGGACCCUGUUUGUCUAUACAAGGCUAGCAUCUCCCAGACAUGGCUUCACCAUAAUGAACAGGCUGAGUAUGGAGAACCUGACUGAACCCAUCACUAAAGACCUGGACUUCCAGCUGCAGGAUCCGUUCCUGCUUUACAGGAAUGCUCGCUCUAUCUAUGGCAUCUGGUUCUAUGAUAAGGCGGACUGCCAGCGCAUCGCAGAGCUUAUGAAGUAUCUGACGAAACAGGAACAGGCCCUGGCCCAGCGGGGUCAACAGGGUCAGGGGGGCUUGGUGUCUCCUCGAGCCCUGGAGGCAGCAGGGGACCCUGGGAAGGGACAAGGUGUGGACAUCCUGCAGAUGCUGACCAAAGCACGCAAUGAGUAUGACAAGGGUGGCCAACCAGAGCCUAAAGAGAUAGGAGGGUGUAGUGUCCUUAAUGCCAACCCCAGCCUGAUCAAACCUAUCCCUGUCAAACCUAUGGAGAGUUAUCCCCAGCCUGGGCUACAGGAGAGGCCUGUUCAGGAUGGUCGAGGAGAGCCCAGGCCUCUCUCUCUGGCCACUCUGUUUGGUGUCCAGCAGCCCAGAGCAGAGCUGGUCUCUCCCAUGGCUGGGUCAGGAGGUCCAGGGUCCCAGCCCCAGGGGAAGCCUGGAGGUGUCCGCCCGGCGGUGGCCCGCUCCCUGUCCUACGACGACCCAGUCCAGGCCCAGCUCCGUCUCCAGGCCCAGGAAGGGGGUCUGAUCUCAGGUAGCAGCCCCCCGCAGCACUGCCCUGCCUUCCAGAAGCUCAUGAAGGAUGCCGCCUCCUCCUCCCAGCCUCAGAAGCAGCUCCAGAGAGGAGGUCCUAUGGAGCAGCUCCAACCCGUCUCCGAGUCACCCGAGAACAGACUGCAUGAGAACGGAGCCCCCUCUGUCCUCCACCAUCAGACCCAAGCCAGACAAGACCCCAUCCAGAGACUGUUCCAGAACCAGCCCACUUCCACCACCCCUUCAAUGACCACCUCCGCUCCCUGUUGUCCUCGUCCUCCUCCUCUCAUCCCUGGUCUCCAGUCUGCCCGUCCUCAGCCUCUCCUGGUGGAUGCUUUGGGCUUCCCUGGUUCUCAACAUCAUCACCUCCCUCCUCACCAGGCCCGGCCGUUGUACUUCAGCCCCACCAAGCCCCCCAGAUGCUGCCUCAACCUCCCCACCAACCCCAGCCUGGUCAUCCUCAGUCACAGCCCUGUCACCCUUUCCACCCCUUCCAGCACCCCCAGCCCUUAUACCUCCAACCCCUGCCAGGUCAUCCCCAGCCGGGGCAGCUAA